ACAAAACCGAAAAAAUCCCAAUUGCAACCGUGAUGAAAAAGGUAAAUAUUUUAGGCAGUUUGUUUACACCGAGCGCCCAGUGGCACCCUCGCCGCCUCCACCUGCUGGCACUCUCCCCUCGCCUGUGCCACGGUGCCACGAGGAUGAGCUAGCCACGUUCAGGGAGAAUGGAUCAGGUGCUCUGGCUGUGAUGCGUGGAGGGUGGGCGAGGGCAACCAGGGUCGUAGGUGUUGUAGUCGUGCUAAGUGUAGCAUGGCUCCAGCUCGCGCUCCCUCCUUUACCUCAUGACCCUCAGGCUGCUCUUGGGGCUGGUGCUCGUGAAACCCCAGAGCUUGACCCAGCAAUCAUCAUCCACCACAGCCCAGCUUCAAAGUUCCUACAGGCCAAAGGAAAAUCUUCAAGCUCCUCAGAGGGGUCAAAACUUACAGCAGAACAGAUUCAGGAGAUUCGUGAGCAAAUUCAACUUCGCAGUGGGAAUGAGACAGUUUUGAAUGAGGAGUUAUUUGGUCCUGUUCAGCCUGAUACUAUUGUCAUAGCAGUCCAGGUGCACAAUCGGUUAGAGUACUUAAGACAUUUAAUUGUGUCUUUAGCACAAGCAAGAGACAUAGACUCUGUAUUGCUUAUAUUUUCUCAUGAUAAUUUUGAUGAAGACAUCAACCAGCUAGUCACAACGAUUGACUUUUGUAAGGUGAUGCAGAUCUUCUAUCCACACUCUUUGCAGACCCAUCCUGACAGCUUCCCUGGAGAGUCUCCUGGUGACUGCCCAAGAAACACAAAGCCAGAAGAAGCUGCAAAACUUAACUGCAUAGGUAGCCCAGACCUCUACAACCACUACCGAGAAGCUCGUUUCACGCAAACUAAACAUCAUUGGUGGUGGAAAGCAAAUAAAAUAUUUGAUGAUGUGUGGGUCCUGAGAAACCACACAGGGUUGGUGCUCUUCCUGGAGGAGGACCAUUAUGUCGCUGAGGACUUCCUGCACAUGCUUCGACUCCUCUCAGCGGCCAUCCCUCGAGCCUGUCCCAAAUGUUCACUCAUAACAUUAGGGAACUAUUUGAAAAAUUAUAAUUUCCAAAUAGAUGGAAGAAAGGUGGAGGUUACUCAGUGGGUUUCUUCAAAGCACAACAUGGGUUUUGCUUUUAAUCACAGUGUGUGGCAACAGAUAAAGGCAUGUAGCUCACAGUUUUGUGAUCAUGAUGACUACAACUGGGACUGGUCGCUACUUCAUGUGAGCUCCACCUGCCUUCCGCAGAAAUUGCACACACUUGUUCUCCGUGCCCCGAGGGUCUUCCACAUUGGAGAAUGUGGUGUCCACCAUAAAAAGAAAGACUGCAGCUCGCGCACUGUCUUACACAAAGUGCAUCGAGCUAUACAAGUCGGGCAACAUACCUUAUUUCCACGACAACUGGUUGUUGUUCACACACCUCCAAAAAAGGUGAAAAAGCACAAGGGCAAUGGAGGCUGGGGAGACAGAAGGGAUCAUGCCCUUUGUCGUUCAUUUAGUGUGAGCACAGCCCCUGAUUCUGUGAUGGUCAACAGCUCUGUAUUGUCGACACAAGUGGUUGGUAACAGUUCAGUCAAUGGGAGUGCGAUAGUCCGCAGUGGCUCUUGAUCAUGGUACUGCAAUUUUCUUAUUACUGAUGUAUAUAGGGUGAGAUUUACAAUGUGAUGAUUUUUUUGCAUCAAGGAAAGAAAUAUAGUCGUAAGUGAAUGAGGUUCUUAUUAAUGCUGAGAUGUUUACAUUACUGCAAAUUGAUUAAUUGUUCAGAAAAUGGAUAAUCUUUGCACAAUAAAGUAAAUGGAUGCCAUUUAAA